AUGGUGUUGCAGCUGAUAAAGCCGGACCUGCUGGACCAGGAAGUAAAGAAUCCCCUCAGUGCCACCUCCAGCACCCCGGCCCUCCAUCGACCACAACUCCAGGCUGGCGAGGGCCAUCCGAGUCGUCUGACGAAUCGUAAGCCCUGUGGUUGUCACGGUAGUACGUUUGCAACCGUGGCGGGGUUUGUGUUCGGCUCAGACGUGGCCGUCUAUCAUGGGACAGGUGUUCUUGUGCAAAAUAUGGCUCUGAGUCAAACUGCAGACCAGUCUUCAUCGUACCCUGGUGGUCCUGCCAGAAAUGCUGUUGAUGGAAACCGAGACCCAAAUUUUGCGAAAGGAUCCUGCUCACAUACCCAACGAGAGUCCAAUCCCUGGUGGAGGGUGGACCUGCAGAAUGUGUACACAGUUACUGCUGUGAUGAUAACCAACAGAAAUAAAUUUGAAAACAGGCUAGACGGUGCUGAAAUCUGGAUCGGAACCUCAUUGGAGGACAAUGGUGCCAAAAAAUCCAGUUGUGCAAUCAUCUCUCACAUUCCCAAAGGACGCACUUUCUACUUCCCAUGUAGCUCUACAGAGGGACGCUACGUCACAGUUUUUCUUCCAGGAACAGAGAAGAUUCUUACUCUCUGCAAGGUCGAAGUUUUCCCUUUAGAUUAUGCCAUCGAUGGGCGACGCAAUCCCAUCUUCUAUGACAGGUUUUGUACCCACACUAAAAAAGAGACAAACCCAUGGUGGAGGUUGGACCUGCGAGAAACACACGCAGUCACAUCUGUCAAAGUAACCAAUAGAAGAGACUGCUGCGCUCAGAGGCUGGAUGGAGCCGAGAUCCGAAUCGGGAACUCAGCAGAGAACAAUGGAAAUGACAACCCCAAGUAA